CGGAUCCCCGCAAAUCAUCCAUAUCGCAGGUUGGUCGUCGUCUCUGCUUUCCAUGUUUGCGCGGACGCUCCGUCUCGGGAGGAUGACACGUUCCAGCCGUGCAGCCCAGCGGACUGCCGCCAUAGCGCAGCACAUGUCCUCCAGCGCGUCGCAACCAGCGCCGGGCGAGGCAGCGGUGUUCUUCAAGGAGGACGGGCCGAUGAGGACGUACGUCCUUAAUCGCCAGGACAAGCUCAAUGCACUCGAUGAACCGAUGCUCAAUAUCCUCAGACCGAAGGUAGAGGAAUGGAGCAAGAGCGAUCUGGCCAAGGUGGUCGUAGGAACGGGCGUGGGCCGUGCAUUCUGUGCGGGAGGGGACGUUGCAAGCGUUGUCAACUAUGCUUCAAAUGUUGAUACGCUCCCCAAAGCCAUCGACUUCUUCCACCGAGAAUUCGAGAUGGACUACAUUCUGGCUGUUAUGCCGAAGCCGUAUGUGGCUGUAAUGGACGGCAUUACGAUGGGUGGAGGCGUUGGACUGGCGGUCAAUGCUCCGUUCCGGAUAGCUACCGAAAAAACGAGAUUCGCAAUGCCCGAGACCAAAAUUGGAUACUGCCCGGACGUUGGCGCCAGUUACUUCCUGCCGCAAGUGGACGGUGAGAUUGGCACCUACCUCGGGCUUACCGGCAAUGAGAUCAGAGGAAAGGCAGUUUUCGAGCACGGUUUCGCGACACAUUACGUUCCCUCGUCGCGGAUAUCGGCCCUGCUCGAACGUAUUGCCUCCCUGGAGACCCCGACCUACGGCCAGAUCGACAGUCUGAUUGAGGAGCACCGGGCGAAUCCAUCACCGGAGGACAACCACAGCAUCCUUGUCGGUGACAUCCGUCGUGCGCUCGAUGCAUGCUUCCGGCAUGACUCGGUCGAGCAGAUCGUGGCCGACCUGAAGACACAGGCGACGAAUGGCCCGAGCGAGGCUGUGCGGAAGUGGGCAAAGGACACCUCGGACGCAAUUCAUCUGCGUAGCCCGACGAGUCUGAAGGUCGCUCUGGCCGCUCUCCGGAAGGGAAAGAAAAUGACAUUGCUUGAAGCUCUCCAGAUGGAGAUGAAUAUCGCGACUGCUUUCUGCCACGGUGUUACCCCCGAUUUUGCCACCGGCGUCACGCACGUCCUCGUGGAAAAAUCCAGAGACCCGAAACCGCAAUGGUCUCCCGCUACGCUUGAGGAGGUGAAGGACGAGUUCGUCGAGAAACAGUUUUUCGGGACUUACUCCCCAGAGGCAAACGGUCAAACCGCACCGAAGCUCGCGCCGCCGGAGUGGCUCGCCAAUCACGCGAAGCCCACGCUUCCCAUGAAAUACGCGCUGCCGACCGAAAACGAGAUCGGGCAGAUGGUGUUGGGCGCACACAAGGCGAGCGGCGGGACAGCGCUCACGCUCGAGGAGCUGCUCGCGCAGUUCGAUGAUAUGCGUAGGGGCAAGAUGGGCGUGAAGGAGAAGGUACGCGAGGUCGUCGCCCGGCGGUGCCAGACGGAGGAGGACGCGCAGACGGGCCAGAAGUGGCUGAAGUGGGUUCGGAAUCAGUGAUUGAUUGACGGGGCGUUGCGAUGACUACUGCCGCGCGAAGACGCGUUGUAACCUCCAAUACUGACUGACUGUACCUCUAUGUGCUUCAUUUCAAGUGUCUAUGGGCUGG